AUUAACCACGUGUGUCGAAGGUCUUCGAAGAAUUUCAAAAAACGUGUUAACUUACAAUUAUCUAAAACGUGGGCAAAGACGCCAAAUAAUCGCGAAUAUUAGCGACUGAAUUUACUGUUGCCAGGGGCAACUGCAGAAACUUUGUAUCGCCACAAGCCGUCGAAUCACUGCGGCUCAUUGCGGUCGAAACGCCUUUGUGAAGAAAACCUAAAUUGUCGGCGAAAACAGCUUCAGACGAGCUCAUUCAACAUGACACCACCUCAGAAAACCCCAACAGACCUGAAAACGAUGAUCAAAGACACUAAACAGGAUAUGGAAGAUGUCCACCAAGCCCUGGAAAAACUCCGAAGCCUUUCCCAGGACGAACGGACGGAGGCAGAAGCUCUGCGCUCGAGAAUCGACGAGCAGUCUUCUCUGAUCUGCAUUCUGAAACAGAGAGCGGACGAGAUGCUUCAGCGCUGUCAGGCUCUGGAAAAGAUCAACUCCGAGCUGGAAAACCUGAGAGCCGACGUGCAGGAAGAGCUGGAGAACAAGAGGAAGAAAUCCGAACUGCUGGAGCAGAGAUUCAUGGAUCUGGCCGCCAACCACAGAGAACUGAUCAACUUCAAAAACGAAUACAAAAGCCAAAACGCCAAGCUGGUGAAAGAAAACGAGAGACUCAUGGAGGAACAUGAAAAGCUUUUCAGCAAAGAGCUGCAGGAGAAAGAGGAGACCAUCCUCAAACUGACCCAGGAGCUCAAGGACUUGGCCGAACAGCACAAGAGAUUAGAAACAGAGUAUCAGGAGAAAACCACAGGUUUCCAGACCAAACUGAAGGAAUUGAUCAGUCUCCAUCAAAUCAAAGAAGCCUCUCUGAAAAACGAAUUAAACGACACACAAAAGCAACUCAAGACUGCUGUAGAGAUGUUUGCGGAGCUGGAUCUCAAACUCAGACAAAGUCAAGAAAAAGAAGCGACGAGAGAAACGGAGACUCAAGUGAAACUGGAAAGACUGAUGGAGGAAAAGAACGAACUCAUUGAUCUCUCAGUGCAACGAGGGAAAAUGAUACAGGACAAACAAGCGGAAAUUGAGGAGUUGGCGAGAAAGAGGCUGGAAGCUGAUAAUGGACGAUUGGAGGCAGAGCGCAGGUUUGAAAAGGAAGCGGAAGCCGUGAACGGCGACUUAAAAGUGAAGGAGCUACAGAAUGCUCUGGAGAGGGCGGAGGUGACGUGCGAUGAGCUGAAGAAGGAGUUUGAGGCAUUUAAAAAGUACAGCAGUGAACUGCUUGACAAGGAGAAGGAAUUAAACCGCAAACUGCGUCACAUGGUCCUGUAAACCUGCCAUCCGGUCAUUUCAUUUCAUCCAUGUCACGUUUUAACAGCCGAGCUCCUCAUCCUGGACCUCUCAUGAGCACACAUGCACAAACCAGAAGACUAUGAUAAGAAUUUUUUCAAUGGAACGUCUUCCAUCAGUAGGGGGCGGUGCAACAUUCUUCUGUAGCAUAAGUUUUGAGAGUUUGCAAAUUGAUUCUUUUAAAAGGAAUAGUUCACUUGAAAAUAAAAAUCUCUUAUAAUUUACUCAUCCUCAUGCUAUCCCAGAUAUGUAUGGCGUCCUUUCUUCAGUUGAAUACAAACAAAAAAAUAAUUUUAUAUGAAAAUGCUGUAAUGUAAAUGCAUCGUUUCACUUUAGAAGACAUUUAUUAACCCACUGAAGUCAUUUAAAAUAUGUUAUUGAUGGAUGUUUGUGCUGUUUGGAACUUUGCCAUGUUAAGAUGAUAACAUGGUGGCAAUUUCAAUAUCAAUUGUUUGUGUUAAAGUCCCAGUGAAAUAAAAAAUGACAAGUGUUAUUUUUUCAUGAAAUAUUGCAGCAUUUAUAGUAAAUAGCUUAUCAAUGUGGGUAAUUUUCUUUUUAAAAUUCAUGUACCCGCAUAAUAUUCAGUUAAAAUCUGAAAAUGCCCUUCCGCCCUGAAAUGACUAUCCAUCUCAAAUGACGUAAACUUGACGGCUUGAGCGGAGCAUCCGUUAACUCCUCCCCUUCAACAGUUAGUCUGCUGCUAGUUUCAUUUCAAAAUGCAACAGCUGUUUUUACACAUCCAAUCAAUUUGCAGUGAAAAACGCAAGCCACGGCCACUAAUCUUCUCCUUUGAAAUUCCUUUUCACUCGGAAAUGUGUCCGAAUACGGAAGUAAAAACGCUCGCAUCUUCCGGUUCACGGGGACUUUAAGCUGUAGAAAGGAAGUCAUAUACAGCCAUGGAAAAAAUCUGAGACCACUGCAAAAUUUCCGUUUUUGUAAAUACUACUCAUAGCUACGUGACAACAUGAGGAUGAAUAAAUUAUGAGAGAAUUUUCCUAUCUGGGUGAAAUUGAAUGAUUCUUUUUAUGUUCAGGGCCCGUAUUCACAAAACGUUUUAUCUUACCACUAAGAGUUCCCCUAAACAGCAGUAAAAGUUUGUAGUUAAGAGUUUUUUCUUAAAACCUAUUCACAACGCUGCUCAGAGCAACUUUUACUAAGGAACAGAAAGGUAUCUUAAGCUAAAAGAAAGGCGGGGUUGACCUCGCUGCUAUGGAUGAUGUCAGCAGGCUUACUGACUAUGAGCACAGUGAUUGGCUGAUAGGGGAUGGGCCUAUAUAAAAUAUAGGCUAUAAGUUACUAGUUAAACAAAUAUAUGUUCAUCUAAUUGUCAACAUCUUAGCAGAUAGCGGUUAGCAGAUAUAAGCGGUCUUUAUGGUUAAUCUUAUUGUCAUGAAAUAUUUAGGUUUCAAGGCAGACUGCCGGUGUCACAGCCAUUUUAGGAUUGUUGUGAGUUGGUCUUUGUGAUUUAGGAGUCCUCUUCACUACUCCUAAUGUUUCACAGAUUUAGGAGCUAGUUUUAGCGCCAAAACGCAAAAAUUUAGGACUAACGCGCCCAUUAUUUGAAAGAGUUUCUCUUAAAGCGGCAUGUCAGUAGCUACAUUUAGCCUUAAGAUGUUUCGUGAAUACGGGCCCAGAUGAGUAGCUGAACUGUAAAAACUUCUAACAUAUUUCCACUGUGGUUUGGUGAUGGUAUUAACAUCUGUCAUCUGUAUAUGCAAUAAAUGAGACUGUUGUGUAUGUAGCCUAUAGAUAAAACUGUGUUAGUAAAACAUCUCGAGCCAUAGAGAAUUCUAAUCUUAGUUCUUCUUCUAUUUCCUACCAGCACUUUAACAAACUUUCUCUAGAUCAUAUCGAUAAGAGCGUCGUGUCUGUACUGUACGUGUUUUUAGCAUUUUUACAUGGGCAUAUAGUAUAAUUACAGUAUUUUGUCAGUUGUACAGUUUAGUUUCAGGGCGAUAGUGUCGCUAGUAAUUUUAGUGUCAUUCUUGAAGUAAUAUGUGGGCAGGUUGUUUGAGUUAUUGUAUAGUGGUCAUCUGGUCCACAUGCUCAUGUGUUUUACUGAAUAGAACAGCUGGACAGACGUUCACACCUCCAACAUGUGCAUGUUAGGUGCCACGUAGUUGACACAUUUUCAUCUGUUCAUGUGUGAUUUUGUCGCAUCUUAAAAUGUGUUCUUAUCGUAUUUAGUGUUUUAAAGCGUUGGCUCGUGUGUUUGGACCCAUCACAACCUGAGAUCAUUAACCUGUAAGGUGUUAGGUUAGGUAUGUCCUUACAUCAUCUGUCGGCAUGUCUUGUGGCCCGAAUCCUUCUCGUGACUACACGUUUGUAUCGUCGUCUCAUGCGUUGUACCAAGUCGAGGCAAGUUCGCGUCCGUGCCAUAAGUGACCAGCACACCUGCCCUUUAAUUUCAUUUGACCUCUGACUGGUCACUGGGCAAUGGUUCUUAACCCCAUUGCCAUGACAAUCUUUUCUUCAGAAGUGCCAUGAAUAUGGGAAUGGCCUUAUAUGGGAAUCACUGGAACGACUUGGAAUGACCUUCUGCUUCUGUGACCCGCUUUGAUAUUGCUGACAUACUAAUCUUAAGAGCCCUUGACUGUUAAAACCAUUCAUUUUGGAUGAUGUGUAAAGCAUUUCAUGCAUAAAUAAAAGCAAAAUGUUGAACCUUAAGAAGACUUGAGACAUUUUUGAAAGCCCUUUGGUUCUUAAUCACUGUGUUGCUGUAUUACUGCAUGGAGACAAUGCAACUAUUUCAAUCACCACUAUGUUUGGUUGAUUUAGAGCAAAAGUUCACCCCGAAGAUAUUUUGAGAAACGUCACAGUGGUUUUGCAUCCAAAGUUGUUUGGUUAUCAACAUUCUUCAAAAUAUCUUCUUUUGUGUUCUGCAGAAGAAAGAAAUGCUUUGUCUGAAACCGCUCCCUCGCUCACUCCUUCACUAUUCCCUAUAUAGCGAAUGACAUUUGAGUCCACUAUAUGGGGAAGAAGUGAACGAAAAUGAGUGAACGUUUUCGGACACUGACGUAAGAGAACCUGCGUCUGUCGAAUGUACACUCAAAAUCAGAGUGCAUUGUGGGUAAAAAAGAGUGAAUGAAUGUAGGGAAUGAAGUAGUUCACUCAGGUUUCGGACAGCACUACAAAAUAGCGGACACACAAUAAAGCACACUAUAUAGGAGAUAGGGAGCGGGUUCAGACACAGCCAAAGUCACACAGGCUUGAAAUGACACGAGGGUGAAUAAAUGAUCAAAGAUUUUUCAUUUUUUUGGUGAACUACGCCUUUACCCUAGCAGCCUGCUGUAUCACUACGGAAAGUCUAAUAACAUGUCACACAAAGUAACACUUAAUCAUGUGACUGACACUUAUGAUCGAGCUUGAAAUGGAAAUGUGAUGGUGUCGGACCACCUCCCAGAUGACAGCAGCACAAACUUGAUAAACUCCCACCGUAUACUCCUCACACCUGAAGCCUCCUCCUCCUCAGACACCCGACCAAUCAUCACAUUUCACCUGUGAUUGUUGUUAUUAAAGAAUUGUGGCACUUGAACAAUCCUGAAGUGUGUCAAAGCUAGAAUUUCAAACAAUGGAACAAGCGUUGAGGUUCUCAAGUGCGUGUGCAAGCCUUCACUUGACUGUCUCACUCUUAAAAGAGAAAUCUAUAGAUUCCGCACCGUUAAAAUCCCUCAGUGCUUCCUCAUGUAUGGAGAAUUGUUUUAUCUAAUGUGGAAAAACCUUUUUAUAAGCGAAACUCUUUACAAUAAGGUUGUAUUUGUUCACAUCAUUAAAUGCAUUAGCCAACAUAAACUAAAAAUGAAUAAUAUAGAUCAUCAGCAUUUAUUAAUCUUUGUUAAUGCCAGUACAAUUCAUGUUCAUUGU